UGUACAAAAUACUACAUCGUGUGCUUUCGGAUGUCUUCUUAUACACGCAUUUCAAUCUAGCUUUUUCAUUCAGUCAAUUUCAAUCUAUAGCUGUUUCAUUCAGUCUGCCGUUUUUUCUAGUUUACGUUACUGAUUUUGUGCAAAUUGUGAGUCUCGAACUUUCCGUCUCCAAGUCUUGUGCCGCGGAGUGUAGUCAAGCGCCUCUAUCCAUCGAUCCACAGGAGCAGUGAAAAUAAGUACGGUCUUUAGUCAUCUUAAGCUAUAUUCUAAGAUCCAUUCCGAAAGUGUUCAGAAAAACUAAGGGGAGAUUCUAUCAGCACAAAGUGAUAUCAUGUCCCGUAAAAACCUCUCCAAAAAGCGCUCCGCAGCUGCCUUGUUUGAAGCACUAAAGCAGGAGAACUUGGAUGAAAUCGCAGCCGUUUCUUUUUCGAAGGAAUUGAAAGAUUCAAGCACUCAAACGGAUCAAGUUGCUCCUACGGCCGAAACAAAUAACAUCGACGUGAAGCUCAACAAAAUGCUAGCACUUCUAGCGCAUGCAAAUGCAAAGCUGGACGUAAUAGGCUCCACGGGUUCCGCUGAGCAUGAACAUAAAUGUGAAGCAGUAGCGCUUCGGAAAAUAAAUCUACAACCAGUGAAAAAUCUCAACGACUUGGAAUCUCUUGAAGCGAAUUGUAAAAGUGAGGAUUUCGUCAAAGCGAGUGUUGCAUCGAUUGGUCAGCUGCAUGGAAGGCAACGAUACACCACAAGAGGUGGUACAGUGUGUUUGCAGAUAAUCGAUUAUUUUUUCGACCGUCAAUUCCUCGUUCAGUGUUCGUGGACAGGAACAGGUCGCAAGCACAUUGAGGACAACCAAAUACCGAAGAAAAUACCAUUUUCAAGGUACGAGAAAGUAAUCAAUCUCUUUUAUCAAACCGUUCUGCAUUCGGACCCUGAGUUCUCUUUCGAUGAGUGUAAGGAUUUCUUGCAUCGUUGCUUGCGUAAUGCGAAGCAAAGACUGGAAGAGUUGGGUGGAACCCGGAAGCCAGUAGCUCGUAAACGCAGACAACUUCUUGAUGCGAAUUGUCAGGACGUUGAAUACCUUGAUGAUCUCGACCAAGGUGAGGCGACGGAAAUGGUUUUGGAGAUUGCCGCUGAUGAUUGUUAAGCCGAUUAUUCACUAUAUAUUUUUUUAAUAUUGUUUUAUAUUUUCUAUAAUACGUUGCAGUGUGCACUUAUACUAUGUGAAUUUG